AUGGAAGAACAGCAGCCGGAACCGAAAAGUCAGCGCGAUUCGGGCCUCGGCGCGGCCGUGGCGGCGGCGGCGGCCCCGGGGAGCCUGAACCUCACCAGCCUGAGCAGCCCCGCGGGCGGCGGCGGCGGCAGCAGCAGCGGCAGCGGCAGCGAUGGAGACAGCGUGCCGGUGUCCCCGCAGCCCGCGCCCCCCUCGCCGCCCGCGGCACCCUGCCUGCCGCCCCUGGCCCACCACCCGCACCUCCCCCCGCACCCCCCGCCCCUGCCGCCGCCGCCGCCGCCGCCGCAGCACCUCGCGGCACCCCACCCGCCGCCGCCGCCCGCGGCCCAGCUGCACCGCACCACCAACUUUUUCAUCGACAACAUCCUAAGGCCGGACUUCGGCUGCAAAAAGGAGCCGCCGCCGCCGCAGCAGCAGCUCCUGGUAGCGGCGGCAGCUGCGGGAGGAGUUGCAGCAGCAGCAGCAGCAGCAGCGGGAGGAGGCCGAGCGGAGCGUGACCGCGGCCAGACCGGCGCAGGUAGAGAGAGAGACCCCGUCCACCCGCUGGGCACGCGGGCGCCCGGCGCCGCCUCGCUCCUGUGCGCCCCGGACGCGAACUGUGGCCCGGCCGACGGCUCCCCGCCGGCUGUCACCGUCAGCACGGGCGCGUCCAAGGCUGGCAACCCGGCGGCGGCGGCAGCGGCGGCGGCGGCUGCAGCGGCGGCAGUGGCAGCGGCGGCGGCGGCGGCGGCGGCGACGAAACCUUCGGACAGCAGCGGCGGCAGCGGCGGCGGCGUGGGCAGCCCAGGUGGCCCCGGGGCCAAGUACCCAGAGCAUGGCAACCCCGCCAUCCUGCUGAUGGGAUCAGCCAACGGCGGGCCCGUGGUCAAAACUGACUCGCAGCAGCCUCUGGUAUGGCCCGCCUGGGUCUACUGCACGCGCUACUCGGAUCGUCCGUCCUCCGGUCCUCGCACCAGGAAGCUGAAGAAGAAGAAGAACGAGAAGGAGGACAAGCGGCCCCGAACGGCAUUCACGGCGGAGCAGCUGCAGAGACUCAAGGCGGAGUUCCAGGCGAACCGCUACAUCACGGAGCAGCGGCGGCAGACCCUGGCCCAGGAGCUCAGUCUCAACGAGUCCCAGAUCAAGAUUUGGUUCCAGAACAAGCGCGCCAAGAUCAAGAAGGCCACGGGCAUCAAGAACGGCCUGGCGCUGCACCUCAUGGCGCAGGGACUGUACAACCACUCCACCACCACGGUGCAGGACAAAGACGAGAGCGAGUAG